AUGGGGGAAACCUUCUCCCAGCUGAGCUCUCAGGAGGACGAGAGCAAGUUGAUCCUAUCCCAGGACCGAGCCAAUGGCAGCAAAGCCACCAGCUACUCCAGCACCAGUAGCAGCAAGUCCUUCAGCUCCUGUGUGCCUUGUGAAGAAGGGGCUACUGGUGGCGGCUUUGUGACUUGUCCCACCUGCCAAGGCAGUGGAGAGAUCCCCCAAGAGCUGGAGAAGCAGCUGGUAGCCCUGAUUCCCUAUGGGGACCAGAGGCUGAAGCCCAGACACACGAAGCUCUUCGUGUUCCUGGCAGUGCUCAUCUGCCUGGUGACCUCAGCCCUCAUCAUCUUUUUCCUAUUUCCCCGGUCCAUUGCUGUGCAGCCUGCCGGCCUCAACUCCUCCACAGUGGCCUUUGACGAGGCUGAUGUCCACCUCAACAUAACGAAUGCCUUGAACGUCUCCAAUCUUAACUUUUACCCCAUCACUGUGACCCAGCUGGCCAUCGAGGUUCUGCACCUGUCCCUCGUGGUAGGGCAGGUCUCUGAGAGCCUCCUCCUGCCCAUUGGCCCUUUGGCCAGCGAACAGAUGUUUUACACGGUGGCCAGCAGGAUAUGGGAUGAGAAUACCUACAAAAUCUGUACCUGGCUGAAAGUCAAAGUCCAUCAUGUGCUUUUGCACAUCCAGGGCACCCUCACCUGUUCCUACCUGAGCCAUUCAGAGCAGCUGGUUUUCCAGAGCUAUGAGUACGUGGACUGCCGUGGAAACUCAUCGGUGCCCCACUUGUUGGCCCCUCAUCCACUGUGA